AGCUGGUGGCUGCGGACUCGCCAUAAGGACUGGAAGGGCUGUGGAAGUGACGAAGGCUUGAUGUAGGGGUUGGUGGUUUUAAGAAGGCUCGAGAAGUGUUUUAUUGUUAUUUUUUUUAAAGGGUGGCACACCAAAGAUUCACAGAGUACACAGCCAAAAUGCUCUGUCACGUUACUCGGCCGGAUUCGGUGGUGAUGGAAGUGGAAGUUGAUGCGAAGGCGCACGGGGAAGACUGUCUGAAUAAGGUUUGCAGAAAGUUGGGCAUAAUUGAAGCGGACUACUUUGGGCUGCAGUUUACGGGCAGCAAAGGAGAGAACCUCUGGCUGAAUCUGAGGAAUCGCAUAUGCCAGCAGAUGGACAACGUGACGCCCUGUCGGCUGAGGCUGCGGGUCAAGUUCUUCGUGGAGCCCCAUCUCAUUCUGCAGGAACAGACGAGACACGUCUUCUUCAUGCACGUGAAGGAGGACCUCCAUAACGGUCACCUACGUAUGGGCUCCGAACAAGCGGAGGAGCUGAGCGCACUCCUGGCACAGGCCGAGUUUGGAGACUACAACCAAAACACAGCCAAGUACUGGUACUCUGAGCUGUACGGAGAGGAGCCCGACACCGCGACCGUCAACAGCAUCGUGUCCAGACACAAGGCUCUGGAGGGGUUGAGCCAGGGCUCCGUGGAGUAUCAGGCCCUGCAGCUGGUCUCCUCUUUGGAGCAUUACGGCGUGGAGUGGCACUGGGCCCGCGACGCAAAUGGGCAACGCCUGGCCGUGGGCGUCGGCCCGGAAGGCAUCGCCGUUUGCAAGGAGGACUUCAGCUUGGUCAACAAGAUAAGCUACCCGAUCAUCCAGAUUGCCACCCAGUCGGGGAAGAGCGUGUACUUGACGGUUAACAAGGACAUGAGUGACAACGUCGUGCUUUUGUUCAAGCUGAUCAGUAACCGGGCCGCCAGCGGUCUGUACCGAGCCAUUACGGAGACCCACGCCUUCUACAGGUGUGACACGGUGACUGACGCGGUGAUGAUGCAGUACAGCCGGGACUUCAAGGGCCACCUCGCCUCACUGUUCCUCAACGAAAACAUCAACCUGGGCAAGAAGUACGUCUUCGACAUCCGACGCACCUCCAAGGAGGUCUACGACCACGCCCGGCGCGCGCUCUACAACGCCGGGGUCGCCGACCUGGUGUCCGGCGGCGGCGGCGACGACGGACGCUCCUCCCCUUCCCGCUCCCCGAGCCGAGACGACCCGCAGGACGACGGGCUGGACUGCGGCGGCUGCCAGCAGAACCGAGCCCUGCAGGAGCGGCUGCAGAAGCUCAGGGAGGCGCUGCUGUGCAUGCUGUGCUGCGAGGAGGAGAUCGACGCCGCGUUCUGCCCCUGCGGCCACAUGGUGUGCUGCCAGAGCUGCGCCAACCAGCUGCAGAUGUGUCCGGUGUGUCGGUCGGAGGUGGAGCACGUGCAGCACGUCUACCUGCCCACCUGCACCAGCCUGCUGAACCUGACGCUGACCGACAACCACCAGCACCGCAGCAGCAUCCCGGCGCCCAUCCGCAGAGAAAUGGCCUCUCACUGCUCCGCCGCGGAGUACGAGCACAAGAUCUACCACACAUGAAGACGCCCUGAAGCUCAACCAGGUUUCACGCGGAAGGAACAUUCGUAGUCCGUCUGGGGUUCCUGCCGGGAACACGUGGAUUAACCAAACAUGUAGAAACUCCGGAGAAUAUUUAAAGACUGACACGCUCGUACCACUCCCUGUGUGUGAUGGUGUUUUAAUGUUAUUUACCGUCGUCCCUUUUGGACGUCAGUUUGUCUGAUUGAUUGUUAGUAUUGUUGCAGUUGGUUUGUGUGUCCUUCUGUUCCGAUGUUGUUGUUGUUUUUAUGCAGGCCCUGCCACAGGAAGAUGUUAGAUUAGGCUCAUUGUCUUUAAAUUAUUGCAUCAGUCGACCUGAUGCAGAAUAGACACAUUUCUUUGUUUUGUUUUUUCUCAGCUCCUCUUCAGGUUCUUGGUCGCAGAACCUUUAUGAUCAACCUUUUUUUAGAAUAGCUAAACACUGUUCAGAAUGAUCAGUCUUUUUUUUAUUUUUUUUAUUUUUAUAAAUGCUUCUUGACAUUUUAAAGCUUAUGUUUUUUAUUUGAGAACGGAAUUUUAUUGUUUGAGUGAAAUGCAUUUCUUUCUUUUUUUUUUUUUCCCAUUGAAAAAUAUUUGACUAUUUCAUGUUUGUUAUGUUCCAUGUUGUCUACGCCAAUAAGGGGGUAUUUAGAGGCAAAGCAGGGCUGCCCUGGAUAUAGCAUAGCAUACUAAUAAGAUACACAAGGCGUUAAGACCACCACGGUCCCAUUCUCGUCUCUCAAAGGGGUUCUCGGAGGGUCUUUUGAAAUGCAGAGUCUUGCUGACUCUCACGCUGCCUCCCUCACCAUCAAAUGGGAAUUGUUGAUUAACUGCCACUUGUCCAAAACAUCGGGCCAGAUUUUAUAGAUUGGUGCAACUUUCUUUUUUUUUUUUUUUGUCUGCGGGCCAAUGAAAAGUUAAAAAUUAAGAGCAGGAACGGCUCUUCUACUAGAUGCAGUACCAAAGUUCUAAACAAAAUGUGAAUUUGUCCAGCAGCACCUGCUUCCUUUGCUAUCCAUUUCUCCUCUGGGACAUAUAUAGUAGUGAGUUGAUAUUUUUAAAAGGGUACAAGGAGACCUGUCUGUGCAAUACUUACUUGCUUUUAAAGUUUUAUUUAAAUUCAAAGACUAUUUAAGAAGAAAAAAACGACUGUCACUUUACCAAGGAAGUUUUCCAUGUGUCUGUAGAUGGGUUUUGCCUUAAUGUAGCAGCAACACAUUGUAUAUUAUAAACUUUCCAGACUUUUCUUUUUUCUGUUAAGAAAAGGAAAACUUUGUAUUUUUAAUGCUGGCUCGAUUAAGCUCAGUCACUGCAGGGGAAGAACUUUUUAUUUUCGCAUUUUACAAGUAGUGAUUUGUUUCUGUUUUCUGAAGCAAAAGCCACUAUUCUUUGUAAAAAAAAAAUAACUGAAUUAAAUCCUUUUUUAUAUUCUGUUUUUAACAAAAAAGUAUUAAUAAAGUUGUUUUUUAAA